GAAAAAAAAUCCACUAUUAAAAAAAAAAAAAAAAAAAGGCAUGAUAUGAUUACAUCCUCUCUGGCCUCUUAACGCCUUGUUUGGUCACUCAGAAAGAACAAAACCCUGGAGAACGAAAACAAAUCAUAACAAUCUCAAUUCAUUUCCAUUAAUAUCGUUCGAGAGAGAGAGAGAGACAGAGAGACAGAGAGAGAGAGAGAGAGAGAUGGCGGAGGUGUCGAUGUGCAGUAGCAGCAGCAGCUCGGAGCUGACACCGGAUGAAGAGAGGAUAGUGAUAAGGGACAUUGCCUUGACUGCCGAAGCUAACAGCAAAGAGGGCGAUACAUUUUAUUUGAUCACCCAAAGAUGGUGGCAACAUUGGAUUGAAUAUGUGAAUCGUGAUGAGCCAAAUAACCUAAAUGAUGCCUCCUCCUUGUCUGAGCAUUGUGAUUCAGUUGGAACAAGUACCUUAAAAAGGCCUUCAGGUAUCGAUAAUUCUGACUUGAUAUAUGAUGCAACAUCGGAGGACUCCAAUGCAGGAACUGAGAUACAUGAUACUCUACUAGAGGGCCGUGAUUAUGUAUUGCUCCCUCAUGAAGUUUGGAACCAAUUGCAUACAUGGUAUGGAGGUGGUCCAACACUGGCAAGAAAGGUAAUUAGUUCAGGUCUGUCUCAGACAGAGUUGACUGUGGAAGUUUAUCCUCUGCGCCUUCAAUUACUUAUGAUGCCAAAAGGUGAUCGCUCUACUAUAAGAAUAAGCAAGAAGGAAACCAUUGGAGAGCUUCAUAGGAGAGCUUGUGAGAUUUUCGAUCUUAAAGCUGAACAAGUGUGCAUCUGGGAUUUCUAUGGACGCCAAAAACAUGCUUUGAUGAACGACAUGGAUAAAACACUUGAUGAUGCUAAUGUUCAGAUGGAUCAAGAUAUUCUGGUGGAAGUCCUUAACCAUGCCAAUGCUAUUGGAUCGGGUGGCUGCAUGAGUUCUGUUCAGUACAAUGGAUCUCUUGAGAAGGAAGCGACCUCUAUUCUUGUAGAGCCUUCUAAGUCAAGCUUAUCAAUUGCAGGAGGGUUAUCCGCUAGCAAGGGUGCAUCAAAAAGCUACAACACUGAGAUUGCACAGAGUCAAAGCCUGCCUUCUCCAGCUAGGGAGUCGGAUAAUGCUCAUGGGAUUGUUGGUGUUAGUACAAGGGGCUCUACUGGUGGUUUGACUGGAUUGCUAAACCUUGGAAAUACUUGUUUCAUGAAUAGUGCUAUACAGUGCCUUGUUCAUACACCAGAAUUUGCCAGAUAUUUUCGGGAAGACUAUCAUCAAGAGAUAAAUUGGCAAAACCCUCUGGGCAUGGUCGGUGAGCUAGCUUUGGCAUUUGGUGAGCUACUACGGAAGCUGUGGGCACCUGGACGAACACCAGUGGCUCCUCGGCCUUUCAAAGCAAAGCUUGCUCGCUUUGCUCCUCAAUUUAGUGGCUACAAUCAGCAUGAUUCUCAGGAGCUUUUAGCUUUCUUACUAGAUGGUCUUCAUGAAGAUCUGAAUCGUGUUAAACAUAAACCCUACAUAAAAUCUAGAGAUGCUGAUGGCCGACCUGAUGAAGAAGUUGCUGAUGAGUAUUGGGCCAAUCACAUUGCUCGUAAUGAUUCUAUAAUUGUCGAUGUGUGCCAAGGUCAAUACAAGUCAACUUUGGUUUGCCCAGUGUGCAAUAAAGUAUCUGUCACAUUUGAUCCCUUCAUGUACCUUUCACUGCCGCUCCAGUCUACCACUACCCGAACUAUGACGGUGACAGUGUUUACAUGUGAUGGAAGUGCAUUACCAUAUGCUUGUACUGUGACCGUUCCCAAGCAGGGACGCUGCAGGGACCUGAUCCAGGCACUUACUGGUGCUUGUUCCUUGAAGCACAAUGAGAAGCUUUUGCUUGUGGAGAUACACAACCAUUUGAUUCAGAGAUUUUUAGAAGACCCAUUAAUAUCGUUGUCCACUAUCAAAGAUGAUGACCAUCUUGUUGCCUACAAGACUUCAAAGCUGUUGAAGAAAACUAAAUAUCUUCAGCUGAUGCACCGUCAUGGAGAGCAAGGUGCUAGUGAUAAGCAGACUUCAUCAGGCUGGAAACCUUAUGGAACACCUCUUGUCUCCUUAAUCUCAUGUGAUGAUGAAAUUACGAGAGGCAAUAUACAGACAAUGGUUCAAAAAAUGCUUUCUCCUAUGCUAAGAAGUGAGAGUCUGGGUCAUGCUGAUGUAUCUGAUACUAGCAUCUCUGCUGCAGUUUCAGAACCUUGUCUUGAUUUAACUUCUGGUGAAGCAUGUACUGACUCCAAUGUUUCUCAUUCAGAUGAUGUCACUAAUUCUAAAGCAGCAUUGCCAAAACUACCUCUUCAGUUGGUUGAUGAAAAUAAUGCAUUCAUUGAUCUGUUAAUGGAGCAAGAAAAAAUAAUUAAGCUUCCCUCAACAUCAACAGCAAUACUUAUAUAUAUUGAUUGGUCCCAGAAUCUCUUGGAGAAGUAUGAUACUCACUACCUAGAAAACUUACCAGAGGUGUUUAAAUAUGGACCUGUUACAAAGAAGGCUCGCAGUGAACCUCUCUCCUUGUACACCUGCUUAGAAGCUUUUCUACGUGAAGAACCACUGGUGCCUGAAGAUAUGUGGUACUGUCCACAGUGCAAAGAGCGGCGGCAAGCAAGCAAAAAGCUUGAUUUGUGGAGACUUCCAGAAGUGUUGGUCAUCCAUUUAAAGAGAUUCUCAUACAGCAGAUCAAUGAAGCAUAAGCUAGAAACUUUUGUUAACUUUCCUGUUCAUGACUUUGAUGUAACACAUUAUGUAGCCAAUAAAAACAACUCCCAGCGCCAACUCUAUGAACUCUAUGCUUUAACAAACCAUUAUGGUAGCAUGGGUAGUGGUCACUACACAGCACACAUCAAGCUUCUAGAUGAGAAUAAGUGGUAUAGCUUUGAUGAUAGUCAUAUAUCACCAAUAAAUGAAGAAGAUGUGAAGUCAUCUGCCGCAUAUGUCCUCUUCUAUCGACGGGUGAAGACAGAAGAUGCAAAUGUCAGUAAUGGGGUCCAGGACAACAUCGUUUUUUCACAGAAGUAGACUUUGUUGGUUUUUGAGUUCUUGCCAAAAAGGGUGUGGUGCCCAGAGCUGGUCCUACGGAUUAUUUAUUGUUCAUAACUGUAUGGGUUAUGGGACUCCCUGGAAAAGAUAUUGUUGUUCAAGGGGGAAUGAAUUCAGGUAGCUCAGAAGAAAAGGAGGAAUGAAAUUGUAGCGGUAACCUAUGAUUGUUUAUAAAGAUAAUGGAUAGUUGUAGCAAGUUUUGGUAACUAAAAGGAACUGAAUAGAGCUGCUGUUGAUACCAAGGCCUUCCUAUGCGAGUAGACAUGACCGGUGCUUAUGGUUUGCAUGGUCCGUACUAUGCGACCUGGCCUGGCAUUGUUAUUCUCAUUUCUUAUGACACAGGGUAACCAAUUAGACAGUGGCCGACUUUAAUAAUAUAGUACAAUGACAUAUCUUUCCAUAUAUUAUAUAUAGAGUAGUUUUAUGGUGCGGAUCACAUCAAAGCGGCGAUUUUUGUUUUUUUUUUAAAAAAAACGUCGGCUUUGUUGUGUAUACUGUGUACACAUACAUAGCAAAACCGAGGUUUUUUUUCCUUUUAUCCAAAAAGCAUCGGUUUUGGUGUGGUUUACAUGCGGAUAGUCCGCACCAUAGAAUUUCCCAUUAUAUAUAUAUAUAUAUAUAUUUGAUAGAUAAGAAUAAAUCUGAUUUUUCUUUGUUUAUCCUUUUGCUUAUUUUGGUUUGUGCGUCAUGUAACUUGCCUAUGAACGUUGAUGGAAGAAAAUCAAACUAAUCGACUAGACGGGUCAACAACCCAUAUACUUA